AUGGCGGUGAUGGAUCCUUGGAAUCCUCCUGUGCGGAUUAAAACACCAGAGCCCAGCAGUGCAGAUAUUCCUUGGUCAGACUGGAGAGCAUGGCUCUCAGCCUUCUCAGCCGCUGUGCCUUUGUUUUUGCUCAGCUAUUCUUCCUGUGUGUCCUAUGCCCACCUGAUCGUAUCGAGCGCAACAAGCUAUCCAAUCCGUGCAGUGGUGAUUAUGUCAAUGCACUUGGUGAGCUCCGGCCUCACGGGUCUCAUCAUCCCCGUCCGUAGCAAGUGUCCCUUGAUAAUCCCCUCUGCGGACAUCUCGGUGACCAUCUUUUACCAGAAGAUUGUUAGUGACAUCGUCAUGGCAGCAGACGGCGCAUCCAAAGAGAUCGUGGCCGCCACAGUGAUGCUGGCUUUGCCUUUCAAUACCUUACUGAUGAGCCUGGUCUUCUAUUUGGUUGGACAGCAGAAGUUGACGGUGGUGGUGUCUUAUUUGCCCUAUCCUGUGGUGGCCGGCUUUCUGGGCUCCAUAGGUCUGGCGAUUUUCUUGGGCUCCUUUGCAGUGCUAAAAGAGGGUCUUGCUGGAUUUGGUGGCAUUCUGAAGGCUGCUGAGGAACGACCAUAUGAACUGCUUUGCGCUGCAGGCAUGGCAAUUGGCUCCAUAUUGCUGAAGUAUGCUGGCCUGCCAGCCCGGGUACUAGCUGUGGCGCCGACAUUGUUGACCUUGGUCGUGUUCUGGUCCUAUGUGAUGAUGUCCGGAAUCUCCUUGGAUGAAUGGCGGCAGGAAGGUUGGCUUUUCCCGGCAGCAGACUUUGAGCCUUUCACUUCAAUUUGGUCCGAGCAGCAGCUUGCGUUGGUUUCCUGGAAGUUGCUGCCUCCGAGGAUAGCCACUUUCUUGGGCCUUGGCUUUGUGCUGGUCUUGUCCCUCACUUUGCGCAUUGCUGGCAUUGAGGGGUCGACUGGCUCAGCGAUUAGCGUCGAUGAUGAGGUCAAGUGGACCGGCAUUGCCAGUGGUUUGGCUGGCGCAUGCGGCACGGUGAUCGGCUCUGCUUCACCAGGCCUGACGACCUUCAACUUGGAAGCGGGCAGCAGCACGGUGCAAGCAGCGGUGUUGACGGCGGUGCUUCAGCUGCUGCUGUGGUUAAGUGGCUUUCCGGUGAUGAACAUGUUUCCGCGGUUUCUGUUGUCAGGGAUCCUCAUGAACCUGGGCCUUGUGAUGCUCCAGGAGUGGAUGUGGAUAGCCAGACACAAGGUAGGUAUCUUGGGCCUGCUGGUCAUCUACGCACAAGUGGCAAGUUCCAUGAUGUAUGGCCUUUUGCCCAGCGUCCUUGUCGGAGUGGCCGUGGCAUUGCUUACAGCACAGGCUCAGUUGAUGAAGCUUCAUGUUUUGAAGUAUCAUGUCUCGCGUUGCUCCGUGCGGACAAAUCUGCAACGCAACAAGACUGAGCGUAUGUUGCUCUCGGAGCAUGGGCAACUCAUCGAAUGCUUGGGCCUGGAAGGUUUCCUGGCGGAGGGUCCAAUUAUCAAGCUCUCGAACUAUGUUAGACACUAUGUUGAGAGCAACAAGAUGCUGCGGUUCAUGAUCUUUGACCUUCAAGCAUGCCAGGGAUGCAACGUCUCAGCUUAUGCACUUCUAGCAAAGCUUGACAAGGUGUUGAAGAACGAGGGCAUUGAAGCUCUUUAUAGCAGUUUAGACGCCGACAUGAGCGCUGGUUUGAAAUCCUUCGGAGUCCCUGCUUCAAGGAUAUUUGAUACCAUGUGUGGUGCCAACAGUUCCUUUCUGCAAGCUCUUGAGCGAUGUGAGGACAUGCUGCUUGAGAGUAUUUUGGAGGGCUUCCAGCGGCAAAUCUCGCCGAUUUUGGAGGUCUCAGACUUGCCAACAUUGUUGAUGCAACCAGAGCUCGAAGAGUUUCUGGGACUCAGCCAGGAGCAAGCCGCAAAACUGAUCAAAGCUGGGGAGAUUUGCCAUAAGGAAGCGAACACCCGCUUGGCUCGCCAAGGUAUUGUGGAAGGAGAGGUGUACAUUGCUGUGCCAAAGUACAGUCAGGUCGUUGAGACGGUGGAUGUGGGGUCUAACUCUGGCGCCGAGCAGGAAGUGAGCCUAAGCCGGCUCGGAUUUAUUUGUGGCCUCGAGAGUGUCCUCUAUGACGAGCCUGCAAGGGCGACAUGUCGGGUGUUGACCCCAUCGCAGCUCUUAAAGGUGGAACCUUCACAACUGCAGAAGGUGGUGCGGGAACCGAGUGGGAACUCUGGCUGUCUGUCAUGCAGCAGUUCAGGCCCGAGUGGUCCAGCACUUCCUCAGGUUGGGACACUCGCAGCGCUACCCCCCUAUUGGUGCUUCUGCAGGCCUCUUGGAAGUUGUGCAACUGUUCUUUCAUCCUGA